GAUUUCUUUCGCUACAAAUACUUCACAUAUUAUUGUCGUUUAUAUUACGAGACAACGCGAUGAAUACGAGGAUAAGCAGUGCCAGAAUUAACCAGGGUCAGUUUACUAAAACUAUCUACACCUGGAUUAAAGAUGGAAAUUACAAAGAAGUCAUCACUUUUCUCAACGAACAAAUCGCUAUCAGUCCCAACUCGAGGGCCGGCCUCUCACUACUGGCCUAUUGUUAUUAUCAUUUGCGAGACUUUAUGAGCGCAACCAACUGUUACGAGCAAUUGAUACAAUUUUAUCCCGAUGUGGAACAGUAUUAUAUCAAUUACACUCAAUCCCUAUAUCAGGCCUCUCUAUAUGAGGAGGCAAUGAAAGCGUCGUUCAAAAUUGAAGAGAAGUUUGGUUUUAAUGCUCAGACAAUCAAAUUACAGGCGGCCAUCAAAUACUGCGAGGACGACAUUCCGGCCGCCAAAAGUCUCAUCGACCAAAUCAGUGCUGAAGAUGCGGACAAAGAGGUCAAUUUGGGAUCAGUUCUCUAUAAACAGGGCCGUUAUGACGAGGCCAUCGCUAAGUUCACACAAUGCCUACAAGUGGAGGGCUAUCGGCCGGACAUUCUCUAUAACAUAGCUCUCUGUCACUACAAAAUGAAACAAUACUCGGCAGCGAUGAAACACAUCGGAGACAUCAUUGAAAAGGGCAUUAGAGAGCACCCGGAGCUCAGCGUCGGUAUGACAACAGAAGGGAUCGAAGUCAGAAGUGUUGGCAAUACUCUGACACUUCAUGAGACAGCUUUAGUCGAAGCGUUUAACUUAAAGGCGGGCAUUGAAUACCAGCUGAAGAACUACGAGUCGGCACAGGAAGCGCUCACUGAUAUGCCUCCGCGGUCUGAGGAAGAGUUGGAUGCGGUCACUCUUCACAAUCAGGCGCUGAUGUCAAUGGAAACGGAUCCGACCGAAGGGUUUGAAAAGUUGCAAUUCUUGAUACAACAGAAUCCGUUUCCUCCCGAAACGUUUGCCAACCUUUUGCUAUUGUAUUGUAAGUACGAGUACUACGAUUUGGCCGCAGAUGUAAUGGCAGAGAACAUACACUUCACGUACAAGUAUUUGAGCCAAUAUUUAUACGAAUUCCUCGACGCUGUCAUCACUCAACAGACCUCUCCAGAAGACGCGUACAGAAAGUUUGAUGAGAUGGCAUCGAAACACACGGACUCUUUGCGCAAACUUAACAAACAAAUACAGGAAUCAAAGCAAAGCCAAAACGAGGAAUUGGCCAAAAAGCACACUUUGGCUUAUAAUGACACACUUGAACUCUAUCUGCCGGUGCUUAUGGCUCAGGCGAAGAUCUAUUGGGAUAUCGAGUACUACACACAAGUGGAGAAAGUAUUCAGAAAGUCAGUCGAGUUUUGCAAUGAUUACGACGUGUGGAAACUGAAUGUAGCGCACGUCCUAUUCAUGCAGGAGAAUAAGUUCAAAGAGGCGACAGGUUUUUACGAGCCUCUGGUGAAGAAAAGUUACGACAAAAUCCUGAACGUAAGCGCUAUAGUGUUGGCCAAUCUGUGCGUCUCGUAUAUCAUGACGGGUCAGAACGAAGACGCGGAGGAAUUGAUGCGGAAGAUAGAGAAAGAAGAGGAACAGUUGGCCUAUUCUGAUCCCGAGAAGAAGAUCUUUCACUUAUGUAUUGUGAAUCUAGUGAUCGGAACCUUGUAUUGUGCGAAAGGAAACUACGAGUUCGGUAUAUCGCGAGUCAUUAAGAGUCUGGAGCCGUACAACAAGAAGUUGGGGACCGACACCUGGUUUUAUGCCAAACGAUGCUUUCUAUCAUUACUGGAGAAUCUGGCGAAACAAGUCAUCUGUAUUCGCGACUCUAUAAUACAAGAAUGCAUUCAAUUCUUCACUCAAUGCGAAGAAUACGGAAAGAAUAUAAAGACUAUAAUAGAAGCGCCUCUAGAAUUGGAGACAUUGCAUCCGGGCAAAAACACGGUCACAUACGAGGCCAGACUACUUAAGGCUUUGUUGCUUAGGAUUAUUCGUUGA